AUGGUACAGGAGUCCGAGCAGUCCGCCGCCUCUAUGGACUCGUCCUCGGGCUGGGCGGUAGCACCGGCGGUCUCCGCGGCGGCGCCGACCAUGCCGAUCGGUGGCAUACUCACCAUGACAGGCAUCUUUCUGGUGUUCCUGACGUUCGCUGUCGCGCUCAUCUUCCUCCAGUACUACUUCAACACCAGCGUCCGGACCGCCGCGCCUAGAGGGCGGCCACGCGGCGGCCGGGCCUGGGAGGCGGCCGCGGAGGGCGUCGACCCGGAGCUUCUGCGGUCGCUGCCGGUCACGGUGUACCGCGCGGCGCCGAAAGGCUCCACGGACGACGUCGGGGUGGAGUGCGCGGUGUGCCUGACCGAGCUCGAAGACGGGGAGGAGGCCAGGUUCUUGCCCCGGUGCGGCCACGGCUUCCACACCGAGUGCGUCGACAUGUGGCUUGCCUCCCACACCAGCUGCCCGCUCUGCAGGGCCACCGUCGGCAAACCCGACGAGUCGCAGGCGCUUACACCGACGAGUCUCCCUUCCUUGCCGCCGGAGCCGGUGAACUACGCCGGGAACCUGCCGGCGAGUGUACUGCUCGGGGUUUCAGACCAGGCCACGCUCGCCGCGGAGACCGUGACCUCUCACGGAGGCCAGUCAAGCCCCUCCGCCCUUGCCACCACGGCAAUGCUGGUGAUCGACAUUCCGGACUCAAGGACAGUGGCGACCCCACGCGGCGCGUCCAAGUCUCCGGGCUUAGCGAGGCUGAGGUCUUUGAAGAGGCUCUGGAGCUUCGGGAGGCAAGGACCGUCGGGGCCGACUCCCCCCUGCUCCGGCGGCAGCGUUAGCGGAACAGCGGACACAGACCAGGGUAUUAGUAUCACCUGUGCAACUCCAAGAGCUCCCGUGUAG